CCACACGACAUUCCAGACAAUGCUUUCCCAAACGGUGAGGUUCUAACUUCCUUCUUCGGUUCUUCCUUCAUCAACAGGAAGCUUGGGUUUUGUUUUCCAUUUUUAGGGUAAAGCAGGGAGUAGGUGAAAUUCACUAGCUGAAGAACCGAGUGGAAGAAACGUGAAAGAUCGAUGAAGCAGGCGUGAUGAUAAUAGAUUGACGCUUCUAGGAGAUAUCAAGUCAGACGCAAUAGAGCAUGGCGAUGAAGAAGGAAUGCAGGCGAUGGCGUGAGAGAGUAAAGGACCAGCACGAAGGGAGGGGAGCAGUCGAUCUGGAGCGCGGUUGCUGAUGAACUUGGCUAUAAAAGGAGCCGAGGCAAGAGCUAAGGGGGACGGAUUUUAGGAAAAAGAAAACAGAGAAGAAGACAGGUUUUGGGAGAGUGUUUUAAGGGCUUUUUGUGAACGUUUUGAGAGUUAGAAGAGGGGUUUUUCUGUGAAGGAAAAAAAUAGAGGCGAAGAGUGCAAAUGAGGAGAUAGAGGAAGAGAAACAGAGGAGAAGAAAAAAAAAAGAAACAGAAGAAGAAAGAGUAAUUGAUUCUGGAAAUAUAGGGUAGUUUCGGGUUCCUUUUGGGUUGACAUUAGAGAGGAAACAGUGGUAGAAUGAAUUGAAAGGAAGGGUUAAGGACUGGAUAAGGCUGUGAGUUUGCUCAAAACGAAGGGUUUACCAACAUCGUUAGGAAGUCCCUGGGAUUAGCUACUGCAGCAAAGAUGCCAGUGAAAUGGGUUUUGCAUUGGCAACCCAACCAAGGAUCAACUGUGAACAGCCAAAUCCUCAAUGAAGUAUCACAAUCAGUUGAGAGCAUUAAUGGGGUUAAAGAAGGAAGAUGGAAAGCUACUCUGACAUUUUACAAACCCAUGUUAAAAGACCAGUCAAUGGCAUCUGAGUUCCCACGAGAUUUUCUGGGAAUAUCUUUACAAGAGCAGCCAAACAAGUAUUACUUCAUGAUCAGAGCCCAGAGGAUAGUUCUGGAGGCAGAUUCCUCAAUUCAGAUGAUAAUGGAGAAGUUGCAAUCUUACAAAUCAAGAGUGGCACUUAUUUUUGAGGGGUUUCAGUAUCAGCUUGGUGACUUUCAACUAAGAGUAGGAAAAGUAGCGCCUACUCAUUCUGAGAAUUUGAGGGGAAUAGUUAUGGAGGUGGAGUAUCUUCCAAUUUCUUCAAUGGAAAAAGCCAGGCCAAUCAUGGAUGAGUUCCUUGAAAUAUGGCUAGAAGCUUUGUCAAAAAGAUCAUUGCCAGGUCAGUUUAUGCAUAUGGUACCAAACUUCUCGGAGUAUGGUCUCUCAGACCAUUAUACUUCUCAACAUACAGCUGUUCAGUAUGCAAAUGUUAUUGCUCAACUAAUUGCAACAGUUCAAGCAUCGCAAGUGGUGAGAAAUUAGAAAAUAUUGUAGGUUUGUUCUCAUAUAAAUUUGUAAGGUCUGGUUUCUCUCUCUCUCUCUCUCUCUAUAUAUAUAUAUAUAUAAAACUGACGAAUCUAGUUUUUAAUGGUAAAAUUCAGGCGUUGUUGGAAUUAUGCCUGUUCUAUUUAAUCUAAAAUCUGAAUUUCCCUUUUGACACGGAGAAGCUUGUAAAAGAUAAAUAGCAUGAAGGGGAUGGAGCUGGGCAGCAUCAAAGAGCUCGUAAGUAUAAUGUUAGGAGCUUGUCAUUUUAUUUAA